GCGGUUCGUACAAAUUCGACCAAUGAUAGCUAUUGCCUUUACUGUGAACUCUCACUUGGAGCGCUCUGUAACGGCGGCGUGAGCUCUUUAGUGGAAGCGAGUGAGUAGUUCGUGUUGAUUUGGCUGUUUUGACUAUCAUUGAAAUUUCAAUAUCAUUCUUGAUUUGAAAAAUGGGAAAAGGAGAUAAUAAACCUAGAGGGCGUAUGUCCGCAUAUGCCUUUUUUGUACAGACAUGCCGUGAAGAACACAAGAAAAAACAUCCUGACGAGUCUGUUGUGUUUGCUGAAUUUUCUCGCAGAUGUGCAGAUAGGUGGAAGACAAUGUCCGAAAAGGAAAAAACAAGAUUCCAUCAAAUGGCAGAGAAAGAUAAAAAAAGAUAUGAAUCAGAAAUGGCUAAUUAUAAGCCUCCCAAAGGUGGUGAUGCCAAAAAUGCCAGGAAAAGGAAACGCACCAAGGAUCCUAAUGCACCAAAAAGAUCAUUGUCUGCAUUUUUCUGGUUCUCAAAUGAUGAGCGCCCAAAAGUCAAAGAAUCAAUGCCAGACUCAACUGUUGGUGAUGUUGCUAAAGAGCUUGGACGACGAUGGAAUGAAAUUUCACCUGAAGUUAGAUCUAAAUAUGAAGCGCUUGCAGCCAAAGACAAGGCCAGAUACAUGAAGGAAGUAAAAGCCUACAAAGGGAAAAAACCUAAAGCAGCCCCAUCCAAAGCAAGCAAGAAGAAAAAUGAUUCAGAUGAAGAAUCUGGUGAAGAGGAGGAGGAGGAAGAAGAACCUGAAGAAGCUGAAGCUGAAGAAGAGGAAGAGGAAGAAGAUGAUGAUGAAGACGAGUGAUGAACAUUACCUCAUGUAUCAUUUAUAGAGCAGGAAUAUUAUCUCCUGCUGUCUUAGUAAACUUGUUAAUAGCAUUUCAUUGUAGGGGUUUAUGGAUAGGUGUGUUACUUGUGCAUCUAAAACGAAAAGCCUUAGCUCGGAUUGGCAAAAAAUUUUUUAAGUCUCACUUGUAAUUUUAUGCCUACAAAUGGUAUUUUUGAACAUAUUCAAGUGACGUUUGUGAUUUUGUUAGAACUGAGUGAUGUAAAUUUGUUGCACAUCUGUCCUAAGGCUACCAUCUCAUUACUGCAUUUUCAUUUCACACUGGUGUACUUAUAUAAUCCGAUUUCAUACUUUCUAAAAACAAAAAUUACCAUUUCAGGGUUACGUGUUUCGUGUAAUCCAUCCACUUAGCAAUUUGCAAAGUGGUUGCAUCUGUAAAUAAUUAACUGUCUUUAAAAAUUCUUUAUGAAAAUUUCCCUUUUUUGUAUGAAUGAUGUUUCCAUUCAUUUUUAUGACAAACUCUGUUUAUUCCUUAUAUGUGUCCAUGUAAUUUUUUUGGUUAACUACCUCUGUAAUUUAUUGAAACGUGCUGUUUCGCACUUAUGGAUUUUUAAUGGUGAAGGGUUUAAAUUUUGUGAUUAGAUAUCAGUUUUAAAUUUUGAUGCACCCACUUUGUAAUAUAUAAUGCAGUUGGCUAGUUUAAAUCAGUUUCUGUAAAAGAUGUAUAAAUAAAAGCCUAGUUUCUUCCUUUUUAUUUUAGCUUAGUUUUUUCCUUUUUAUUUUAAGUUCUUAAUGGAUCAUAUGCACAAAAAUUUUAAAUGGGAUCUGAAAGGUCUGAUUUUCAUACAUUGUGUUACUGUUGUAUCUAGAACACUUGUAUUUUUUAACAAUUUUUAUAACCAUGAUUGUGCUGAUGCAGUGCAGUUUGUUUGGAGGCCUAACAGCAGUUUCUGCAUCAUUUUCAAGUAACUGUACAUUUUAAAAUAUGGUUUAAUGAAGUACAUCAUUUUAAUGUGUUGAAGAAUUUGUAUUUGAACAAAAAAAAAAAAAAAUAAAAAUACUCAUGUGUAUUC